CUGUGUGACAUAUUCUGCGUUGAUUUGUGAGACGGAGGGUGCCGCGAUUUUCUUCACUCGGGCGUCCUUCUCCAUGUUUCAGUCCCGGGUGUCUCCUCUCUGAGACGUGAGCGCAUGAGGAUGAUGAUGAAGCUCCUAUUGCUGGCCGCGCUGCUGGGUCUGGGUCUGGCCCAGCACAACCCCCACUACAAGCACGGCCGCACCUCCAUAGUGCACCUGUUCGAGUGGCGCUGGGCAGACAUCGCCGCCGAGUGCGAACGCUACCUGGGUCCCAACGGCUACGGAGGAGUGCAGAUCUCCCCUCCAAACGAGCACAUCAUCAUUUCCAAUCCCUGGAGGCCCUGGUGGCAGAGGUACCAGCCCAUUGGCUACAACCUCUGCUCCCGCUCAGGAAAUGAGAACGAGCUCCGGGAUAUGAUCACCAGGUGCAACAAUGUCGGGGUGAACAUCUACGUGGAUGCUGUGAUCAAUCACAUGUGUGGCUCAGGGGGAGGUGAGGGCCACCACUCCAGCUGUGGCUCCUACUUCAACGCGGGCGGGAAGGACUUCCCCUCCGUGCCCUACACCUCCUGGGACUUCAACGACGGCAAGUGCAGGACCGGCAGUGGAAACAUCGAGAACUACAAUGACAUCCACCAGGUGCGUGACUGUCGUCUGGUGAGUCUCCUGGACCUGGCUCUGGAGAAGGACCAUGUGCGCUCCAAGACGGCGGACUACAUGAACGCGCUGAUCGACAUGGGCGUGGCCGGAUUCAGGGUGGACGCCUGCAAGCACAUGUGGCCCGGCGACAUGAAGGCCGUGUUCGAGAGGCUGCACAACCUCAACACCCAGUGGUUCGCUGCCGGCGCCAGGCCAUUCAUGUUCCAGGAGGUGAUUGAUCUGGGCGGGGAGCCCAUCACAUCCAGCGAGUACUUCUUCCUGGGCAGGGUGACCGAGUUCAAGUACGGCGCCAAGCUCGGCACGGCAGUGCGCAAAUGGAACGGAGAGAAGCUCAGCUUCCUCAAGAACUGGGGUGAGGGCUGGGGCUUCAUGCCUGACGGCAACGCACUGGUGUUUGUGGAUAACCAUGACAACCAGAGAGGCCACGGCGCCGGAGGAGCUGCUAUCCUCACCUUCUGGGACGCCAGGAUGUACAAGAUGGCCAUGGGUCUGAUGUUGGCCCACCCUUACGGCGUCACCAGAGUCAUGUCCAGUUUCAGCUGGGACCGCAACUUCGUCAACGGCAAGGACCAGAAUGACUGGAUGGGUCCCCCUAGUCACCCCGACGGCUCCACCAAGCCCGUGCCCAUCAACGCCGACAGCACCUGUGGAGACGGCUGGGUCUGCGAACACAGAUGGAGACAGAUCAGAAACAUGGUGAUUUUCCGUAAUGUGGUGAACGGACAGCCCUUCUCCAACUGGUGGGACAACCAGAGCAACCAGAUCGCCUUCGGACGCGGCAACAGGGGAUUCAUCGCCAUCAACAACGAUGACUGGAACAUGGACGUCACCCUGAACACAGGUCUGCCCGCCGGCACCUACUGUGACGUCAUCUCCGGUGACAAGGAUGGCGGCAGGUGCACCGGCAAGCAGGUGCAGGUGGGCGGAGAUGGACGCGCCCACUUCUACAUCAGCAACAUGGACGAGGACCCAUUCAUGGCCAUCCACGCUGACUCCAAGCUGUAAACCCAUAAACACCCAUUCAUGUUCACCCACGCAGAUUCUAAGCUAGUAAGCUAAGUAAACUGAUUCAUAAAGACUGUAAACUCUAAAAUAAUAAAUUAAGACAAAUAAAAGACAAAUAAAAUAAAAAUUAA